UUGGGAUAGUCGAACAGUAGUUUGGUGAAACUAAACUUGAGAGAUCGGGAGAUUGCUACAAAAACCGCGUGACUGUCAUGAGUCACGUGUUUAAGGUGAAGUUGUCAAAAUUGUGUAUACAGUGUGUAUCAUCAAAAGAAGUUUUUACAUAGGGAGUGGCUUUUUUCUACUUUCUUAACUUAAAUAAAGGUCUUCAGAAAGUACCGUUCUUCAUUACUCUGCCUCCUUGGUAAAUCAGUAAUUUUUACUGAUCAUAUCGACCUAGUGGAUAACAUUGACUUUUGUAAACAGUGAAGCUAUUUUUAUUGCCUGCUUUAAUUGACUUGCGGUUUAUAUUUAUUGUGUUUACCGUACUAAGUCGGUCGUUUUAUAUGAAGUUUGCGAACAGUUGACGAAAAACAACCUGGUCAGUGCGUGAGUCUUUUUCGUUAAAAAAAAUCGAAAAGGGCGUUCAACUGUACGGGAGUCGGGAUCGAUUAUUCGUGCUAUCAAAAUACUCAAUGUUUCUGUGGAAAGUGAGCUUUUUAAUUCAUCAGUAUUAGGACUUCAACGGGGUGUACAAAAAAAAUGCUGCAGGACUUGACAUAGAGGGACCCUCUACCGGCAGGAGGGCCGCGGGGAUGCUGAUAAUGCCUUCGGUUCUGGAAGAAGUGGAGGACAACUCCGUAUUUACCCCUUUAGUGGACUCCAGUGGUAUACGAGUGAUCCCACCUAGCCCUUCUUCGAAACCGUUGAAGAACAUCAGUGAAAUCAAAAGCCUUCUUCAGCAGGGCCGAAAGCAAGAAGUGAAACAAAUCUUACGGAAUAAUUCUUGGCCUGUGAACAGUCCAAUCCGAACCGAACUGUGGCCAGAGUUGUGUACACAGCAUCAAAAUGACAAGUCCAAUUUUAUGGAAGGGUUCUACUGGGAUAUGGUUAACCAGGUUUACGGGACCACUGAUCUACCAGACAAAUCUGUCAGUUUGCCACCCUUCGUGGAACCGUCUCACUGUCAGUCAUAUUAUAUGACACAUAAAGGAAGAAGUAUUACAGAUCGUGUUGUGUCAGUGUUAGGAUAUGCUUGCCCCGAUAUUGUUUAUAGUCCAACGAUAUAUCCAAUAUGUGCUCUACUUCUUCACUUCAUGACUGAAGAGGAGGCAUAUCACUGUAUGGCCAGUUUGGUAGCAUCGAAAGAAAAAACAUUCAUCACACAAACAAAACUUUUAUACGAAGUAACGUGGAAGACUGUCAUGCAAAUAUGCAAAAAACAUGUGAAGUCAGCUGCAGUUCACCUUCAGAGGCAUUGUACGACUAAUCGACAAGAAAAAAUAUACAUGGACUGGAUCUGGUGGAUAUUUCAGGGAUUACCGUUUCAGCAUCUCGUGAGGGUUAUGGACUGUUUUUUCCAUGAAGGGGUAAAGGUGCUAUACCGAACGGCGAUGGCCAUCCUUAUCCUAUUCCAAAAAUUUUCAUCGUCAUCGUCUUCGGAAUGGCUGGCCGAAAUCCAGAAGAACGGUGUCGACAGCGCGCUGACGAAGUUCUGCAAGGAAUGCCCAGUGUCGCCGCAGAAGGUGCUCAAGGUAGCGUUUGGCAUUAGGGGAUUGAGUUCCUCGUACAUAUCGAGGGUUUUUUUGAAGACUGAAAUGAUUCUAAAGAGCAAAAAUGUGGUGAACGGCUCGAGGUUGGUGAGGUCGAGGUCGAGCGAAAACUUGCCGAAUAGCCAGAGUCAAAACAAUAUCCAGAUGGUAUCGCAUACACUUACCAUUCGGGAGACACCCUCCUACCUGUACCUUGCAAAAUGGUUCCCAUUCCCCCAUCCUAUAUUUGGUGAUCAAGAAUAUCAUAUCCAUUCAAGAAAAAUGUUACUUACUCUUUGGUCCUGGUUACCUGUAAGAAUUACAAUGUACCAACCGAUACUGCUAUAUACCACCGAAGAACAUGGCUGUUCCUUGACGACGUUCUACGUUAGGGUGGAACAGCACGAGCCUACCCUGUUGAUGAUUAAGACCUGCAACAAUGAGGUAUUCGGUGCGUACUGUUCAUCACGUUGGGUCGAGAGAAAUAUAAAAGACGAUAGGGGUAACAGACAGGCGUAUUUCGGCACGGGAGAAACAUUUCUGUUUUCGUUAUAUCCAGAACGAGCGAAAUAUCCUUGGGUUGGUAUGGAGGUGGACAAGGUUCAACACGGCGCAGAACUUUUUAUGGCGGCUGAUUCCAAGAUGAUUACAAUUGGAGGAGGAGAAGGCCAAGCUAUCUGGAUGGACGAAAACAUAAGAUACGGCAAAACGGAUACUUGUGCAACAUUUAACAAUCCCCCCUUAGUGCCAGGUGGUGAUUUCGAAAUCAGAGUACUGGAAGUCUACGGAUUUGCCACCGACCAACUCAGCUAGACAACGACAGCCAACGAAGAAAAAUAUAGUAGUUUAUAUAAUAUGUUACAAGACGCCGCAGAUUUUUGUAGUUUAAUUUAUUUUCUAGAAUACUCGCAGAAUAAAAUACAUUUUUAUUUAUUAACUUUAUUUUAUAUAAGAUGACUUAUAGCUAAAAAAUAGAAGUUUAUAGCUCUUACUGACCAAGUUCGUUGGUCUUCCCGAUUAUAUUUCCGUUUUAACUUAUUCUCGUUUAUUUUUACUCUCCAUGAUAUAGUCCUUCAAAGCUUUUCCUACGGUAGAAAAGUCGAAGAUCGUAUGAGGAAGAUUCAAGUAUAUACAAUACGUUUACUUUUCGAUUAGAUAUCGGCGACUGAAAGAAGCGCUAAUAUUGGCAACAUUGCUUAGUCCACUAUUAUUGUUUAAUCGCGACUUAAACGGCGAGAAUCAGGUGCAUUACCGUGAGAAGUGGGGACUGUCUGGUACUCGACGGCUUGCAAUGUUGCCAUAUAUAGUUGUACAUCUAAUUUGAAACUAAACAUGCUGUAUGUUAUAAAUAUAAGGAUUCGUGUUGAAUCAAUUAAUUGUUUUUUCUUAUAUUGGAAAGCGGUAUUUUGUUCUCUUUGUGUUUCUUGUCGUUUAUUGUUGUAUUUUCAAAAAAUUGUUAGAUAUAUUUGAUAUACCAAAGAUUUUGAAACAGGUAUUGCUUUAUCUUCAAACAUACUUAAAGAAUAAAGAGAUGUGCUACAGUAUUCUGAUCGAAAUGAGUAUUUCAAUGGAUGUAGAACUUCUAGCUUCGAAAAUGUGCCGUGCCUUGUAAACAGUAGUGAAGAUAUUUUUAUUUGUACAGCGUUUUUAAGCCAGAAUUCUAAAUUCUCAUAUACAGGGCUGGGCAUAAGUCAGCUGACAAAUUUGCAAAAUAAUAUUUUCAAAAAAAAACAAAUUCACGAAACUUUGGGUUUAUUUCCUUAUAACUCAAAUAUAUGUAUUUACAAGAAGUGUUCAAAAUUUUCACCAUUCAUCUCGAUACACUCAAAUAACGUUUUCGAUCGAAUUAAUAACUUAAGCGAGAUCGUCAUUGAUGAUAUGUACAAUGUUUGAGAUCUUUGACGUUUUCGAUUGUAUGCGCAAAAACUCAUAUUCUUUAGUGUGCCUCCAAUUGAGAAAUCCAUCUUCUUGUUUACGUGCCAUCUCCGCGACGGAGGUUGCUAAUCAUCACGAUUAUUCUGAUCUUGCAUGUGGCUGCUCUGAAUAGUCUGAUUGAGGUGCAUCCGUACAUUUCCUUAAGUUACGCAGCAAUGAGAUUCUUCAUGAAAAAUCCAUAGGAGUAAUGUCUGGCGACCUUGGAGGCCACUGCUAGCCACAAAUAGUGUAACAAACGCUGAACGGGGAGAGGAAAGCUAAAUUUGCGCAUGCGUCGUUUUCGAGGACACCAGCUGUCUUAUGCCUAGCCCUGUACAUGCUGCUUACGUUUUUCCCUUCGCCAGGAAGAGUAAGUAUGUGUUUUAAGGUAUGGAAAGAAUUAUAAUCAUCGUCUGCAUUCCACCAAUGCUUGAAAUUGUAACGCUUUAUUAACAUGUAUGUGACGAGGAAUUCAGAAGUGACGGAAAACGUGUAGAGUUUUAGGUAUUUAUUGAAAAAUGUAUGGAAAUUGUUACCAGAAGUAUUAUAUUAAUAUUUUUCAUAAGAAGUUAGAUACCGUCAAUAAAAGUUGGGAGGAAUAAGUUAUUCCCAAGUUGAUCAUUAAGAGUGAUGUCUUUUUUACUAGUUUUCCUAUCCUGGUCUUGUAGAUAGGGUCUACUUGUAGUUUAUCCAGAGAAUAUCUGUUAGAUCCGUGAAUAUAGUAUCAAACCCGAUAAGAAUCUUCUAUUUAUGAUACGAAAUUGUCAACAUAUUCUGGUAAGGAUUGCCAUAACGGUAAAAAAAUUUUCGUUUACCAAUCUUUGAUCCAAAAUUACAUUGUCAACGUACAUGAAAUACGUUCCUCCACAUUUAGUUGAUUCAUGUCAAUGGACACUCGUACAAUUAUGGAUUUCUAAAGACCUUCUUCUUUAGAGGCCAUGUCCGUAUUGGCCGUCAUCAUGUUACUGCGUCAAAUAAUUCGACUGUGGAACCACACCAUUGUCUAAUACGAAAUAAUUCUACUGUGGAACCACACCAUUGAUAAUAUGUGGAACCACACCAUUGUCAAAAGACCAAUCUCUACUAUUUGUGUCAUAAUAUCCUAUGCAUGAGAAUAUCUCAAAAUUUCCCAAUCAUAACUUCGCAAGGAUUUAUUUUUUGGCGUCCAGUUACUGAAGUAAUUUUGAAGUUCAGUUUUUGUAAUAGAUUUAAGUGCCAAACCGGUACCUUUAGUCUUGUAAACACGAAAAAGUAAUCUAAUGUUAUGUCAGGGCUGUAUGGAAACUGGCAGAGUUGUAUGAUCGUGUGUUUUACCAAAAAGUCUUGCACAAGGUUACGAUGAAUGUGGUGGCACGUUAUCGUAAUGAAGACUCCAAUCACCUCUCGCCCAAAAAUGAGAUCAUCUUCUUCUCAUUGCCUCACGCAAUCUUUUUAGAACUUGAACGUAGAUUUUUUGUUGGUUGUCUGAUCUCUGUAUUUAUGGUGCACAACACCUUCAUAAAAAACAAUCAACAUAGAUAUUCGAAUGGAAGCUUCCAUUGUGAAGACUGUUGUUUUGUUUUAAGAUCGUAAACUUACGACUCGUCACCAGUAUUGACCUUUUUAAGCAUAUUUUUAUCAAAAAUGAAUAACCAUUUUCAUUUUCGUUGCAACACGAAACUACAGCCGCAUUAUAUUCUAGUUCAAUCAGAUAGUGCAGCAAGCACCUCUACCGGUUUCGAAACUUAUUAGUCUUUCAUCAGGAUGCACAUAUGCUGCUCUCUCUGAUCCAACGAAAACAAACCCCGGCGUACAGUCACGGAUUGCAACGAACGAAAUGGCAUAGAUGCCCUAGCGGCAACUACUAGCAAAAGACUAAGGGUAAGAACAGAACAAGUGGGUCGCGCUGGAGGUGGAGGUGGAGGUCGCUGUCGAUGUCGACAUCCAUGUAAAACAAACACAUUGUAGUGAAUGGAAGAGAACAGAGCAGGUAAGUCGCGGUGGAGGUUUAGCGCGAUGCCAUCCAGGAGGUUUACAUCGAUGCUUUUGAAAAUAAAAUGAGUUUUUUUUACAUGGAUGUCUACUGCGCGGCCUACAAGGAUGCUUCCCUGUGAUUGGUCCGUUCGAAGCCAAGUUGUCAUUACCUGCACUAUCUGAGUUGACACUUUUUAUAUAAUCCCUUUUUGUAUUCAGUUUAUUUUUGAAUUUCUAAAGUAAUUAAAGACAGUAAAUUUUUGAAAUAUGAAGGAGGAUCUGAUUAUUUGCAAGCCAUAUAUGGAGGUGUAACCAGAGAAGGUUCCCAUUGUUUUCAGUCUGGUGUGAUGUAGAGUAACAUUAUGUUGUUUUAUGUGUUAUUAGAUUGAAAACUUAGUCAUAUUUUUAUCAUUAGCGAUCAGUUUCAGGUUGCUCAGGAAGACUUCUAACUAAGCGAUCUUUUUCUGCUCUGCCAUGAGCAAUUAUAGAGUGAAUUUGACCAACACUCGGAGUCAUUCCCAAAUUCUCGGUUAGAAUUUUUAAAACACAAGUUUUUGACAUUCUCAGAUCACUUUCUAGUUCCCGCAUACGUUUGAUAUUUUUCGGUUGUUUUGAUGAAAGGUCAACCCGAACACAAGUCUUCUGCUCAAACAUUGAACUCCAAACAACUUUUCGUCAUUUCAAUAGUUUCCGCACAACUUUUAUCGAGUUUAAAACAAAACUUAUUGCGAAUUCGUUACUCGUAUUCCUCGGCUAUUUUUGCACAGAUUACAUUGGAACUGUUUGGCGAAGUUUUAAAGAACGUAUACUUCGUUAUUUUUGUUUUUGGUUAGAUAUUUUUUAGUUAUUCGUUGAUAUUUGUUUGUAAUAAGACAAUGGUCACUACUUUACUUUAUUUAUCUCAUAUAUAUCGUUCAUAAUUUUCAUAUCUUCUUCUUUAGGUGCCGUGUCCGUAUUCAAACGUUGGCAGUCAUCAUGUUUACAAUUUUUUGAAACCUUUCUCUAUCUGCUUCUGCGCGAAAUAAUUCUUCUAUUGUUGAACCACGCCAUUGUCCAAUAUUACGCAGCCAUGAAAGUUUCUUCCGACUGUACAGUCGGAUAGGGAAAAAACCCUUACUAUAUAAUAUAAUAUGUAUCUAAAAAAAAUGUAGAUAAUUUAAGCAUAAUUAGGUCGUUACAGAAGAUGUUGUUUCUACAAUCACAAACAAAGCGACGCGACGGUUGAUUGAGGGAGCUUGUUUGGGUAACCUCGCGUACCGCUUGGAUACUCACGUACCGUUUACUUUUAAAGUCCAAAUUAUAGGAAGAUAUAAAAAGCCCGCAGAGGGGUAAAAUAGAGGCAUUAAUAUUCAUAUUAAGAUUAAGAUCGCUAUUAUGCUAGUUAGCAGUCGUGCGAGAUGGGUGUCUGAAAGACUACCCCGCGAAACAACAUCUUCGUAACUUUACGUGUAUGGAUGUUGUAAACUUUAAAUAAAGUUAUAAGUUAGAGUCAGUGUUUUCCUAAGUUCCGAUAGUUGGCUACCCUUCCGUUCCAAUGAGGAUCCAACACGACAACUCGACAUGACAACCCUGCAACACGACAUGGCGAUCCUGCUAGGAUCGUGUCUCUCGUGUGUAGAACUCGUGUCUUAUUAUAUAUCUGAAUGCCUGACGUAUCACAAACGCAAAUCUGGCGAAUUAAAAACCUUUAUAUAGAAGAAUGCAUAUCUAGAUAAAAACUAAAAAAAAAUGGCAUUCUCAAUGAUCAACUGUCUAACGUUUUCUCGUAAAAAACUAUGAUACAGAAUUAUGACGGUCACAUAAAAUUACAUGAAAUAACAAAAAAUUUAAUGAACAGUGCAACGAUCGGGUCACUUUUGGAUUUCUUGAAAUAAAACUAAUUAUUGAUCAAGAUAACCUCCCAUAAUCUUUUAAAGAUCGGGAGUAGUAUCAAGGUACCAUUUUAGGGUGCCUAGAUAGGUACCAUUUUAGGGUACCUAGAUGAAAUAAUGUACUACAUCUAGUCGUAGAACGCAUUUUAGGAGUAUGUUUUUAAGAAUGUCGCUACUCGUUUUCUUGUAUAUUUUACCUUUAAGUUGUCUUUUUUGUAUAUACUAUAUAUUAAAUAGUAAUCUAUUUUGUUAAUAGGUCUGUGAAAAUUGUUGAGUCUAUUUAAGAAAUUUUGGAAAAUUUCGGGAAGUUCUUUCGUGAAAAAUCUUUGGAGAUUUAAAUAAAAGUUUAUUUUAAUUAAAUUAAAAAGUAAAAAAUUCCUCUCAUUGGCUGUAUACCAUAAUAAAAAAUUUACUAAGGAAGUAAAACUUCUCUUGUAGGUAGAUGGUAUAUAACUUUAUUAAAAUUUUUCUAAAAAGAUCCAAGUUGGAUUAAAGUGGGUACAUCACUAGUACAAAACAAACGUUUUCGGACUAAUCAGUCCAUCAUCAGGUUGAAACCUAAAAUAAGUAAACCACUGUAUAAAAAGGCAAAGUUGAAAUUUUGACUGUUAGAAAGUUAGGAAAAAAUUAAAACAUGUGGUUACUUACUUCAGAUCCAAAGUAGUUGGAACUAGCUACACACUUAGGUCGAAUGACCUUAACAUUACAAAAAUUAAGCCAUUUCGGCUACAACAUUGUCGACAUUGUACCCACUUUAAUCCAACUUGGAUCUUUUUAGAAAAAUUUUAAUAAAUUUAUAUACCAUCUACCUACAAGAGAAGUUUUACUUCCUUAGUAAAUUAUUUAUUUUAAUUGUUCAAUUUUAAUAAUUACUAAAAAGAAAGAGACUUUUGUGAUUGCAUCGAGUUUUGGAAUAUUUUUUAUUGCUUAGGUGCUAACCGGGUCCUUUAACCCUAAUUCUGCAAAAUUUGCUUCGCACAGAACCGAUUUUAGGUGGAUUUAGGUAAAUAUCGAUUGAUGCAAGAUUGAAGGAAAAGUGUGAGAGUCAUAAUAGGUGUUUAAAACUGAAGAAAAGAAGACCAACUACCCAGUUGUAAAGAAAUAAUCAUAAAAUGAAGAUAUUUAUCUAAUACAAACAGCAUUGAGUUACAAAUGCCCUCCACAGUUUUGCUGACACAUACAUAGUCAUUUCUCGAAAUGUUUUAUGACCAUUUUAUAUAAAUGAGGCUGAAUUUCGUUGAUUUUCUCCUUUAAUUCACGAGUGAUUGUAGGCUUGUAGGUCUAGAUCUUUGACUUCAAUAAUAAUAACACCAUAAAAAAAUCUAUUAGUGUUAAUUCACACGAUCUAGGGUGCCAAUGUUGCGAUAUCGAGUACCAGUAACAGUCAUGCCUCAUUUUCCAAGAAGUAUGGUCCAGUGAUGCCUCCAGUUCAAAAGCAGUACCAAAUAGUGACUUGUUGUGGAGCUGUCAGCUGUCAAACUGAUUUUUUUGUUGCAAUCACUUUACUACACAUAUGGCAGUAAAUUCAAAUCUUGCGUGAAUAUUUUGACACCCAUUAUAUUAUUUGACAUAAAUUUGACCGUAGAUUCCUGUAAAUACUACACAAAACCACAAUAAAACUUGUUUGAAUCUCUAAAGAUUUUUUUUGUUUAUUUUAUGAUAAUUUUAAUGUAUAUUAUGAAAAUAUAGUGUGUAUAUUAUAUUUAGAUUUAAUAGAAUUAUGUUACGCCCCAAACUUAGUUCUCUCAAAAUAAAUUUAGUUUGUUUAUGAAAUUUUUCAAAAUUUCCAUAUUUUACGUUUUUGUCAGAGAUUUUCUUUUUGAUUAUAAGACGAUUACAAAUUGAUAUGUUGAAAAGUUUUAAUCGUUUCCAAGUUCAUCGAUAUUAGUCCGUAUAACGUAUUUAAAAAAGUACCUAUAUCUUAACCAUUUUUGUGGUAUUUUAUCUAAUUCACUCUAGAAAGCAGUUUCAUUAAAUAGUGGUUCUAGAGAGGUGAAUUUUAAUUUUUUGAAGAGCACGUUUACUGAGAAAAAAUAGAAAACAGUUGAUGUCAGAAGAUCCAGAUUGAUAAUAUUUAAUUUAACAGAAGCUAAUUUUGCUUACACUCAACCAAACUAAUUGAAUGGUUUUUAAUUCGUACUUAAAUCGAAUUUUAUUAACAUCCAUGUAUACCAAAAAUACUUUCAUUUUCUGUAACGUAGGAUGAGCUAAAAUAAAAAUUGUGAAAUAAAUAUAGGCAGUAAACAUCUAAAAAUGCAAUUUUUGGUAACGCUAUCAAUUAGUAACACAGUUAUCAACGGAUAUAAAUUGACAUUGUUUGAUAAACUUCAUUCAAGUGAUAAAUUAUUGUCAUGCGUUUCCUUUAUUUGCCGAUUUUCGGUGUGAUGUGUGAUAUCGAUGUACUUGAAACGUAACAUUAAUUUUGUGCCAAAAAUGUGGUAGAACGUAUCUUUCAUUUGCGGCAUAUACAGGGUGCGCUAAAAUUAAGAAUAUUCAAGAUCAAACCAUUAAAAUUGUAUUAACAUAAAAGAAUCCAGUAAUUUAUUUCAUAUAAUUUGACAUGGAAUGAAGUGUCAAAACAUAUAUGUACAAUAACUACAUAUUCACACCAUAAUUUAGUCUUGAUGAAAAUUUUGCGACAGGCUAUUUUCUGCUCAUAUCACUGUUGUUUUUGUAAUUGUUUUUCUGCCAUUGUAGGACAUUCCAAGCUAUUGUGCGUUCCAUUUUGUUUUGCAAUUUCUCUUCGAAAGCUUUUUGUAAUAGAAGGAAGGUGAUGAAGGAUGUAUUUUCUUGUGCAUUUGGCGUCAGUUGUAUGAUGAUAAGUUGGCCAUUUAGACAAUCUUUGACUAAUUUUAACAAAUAUUUAAAAUUCAUAUGAAAAAUGUUAUAUCAUGACCGAUAACCCACAAUUAAAGCAAAGAUACUUUCAAAAAUUUGCUGCCAAUUAACCCCCUCAUUAUCUUAGCCAUUAGUCUGCUAAUCUUUGAGCCACAAGCGCGUUACCUCUUGUAAAAUUCACAUUUUAAGAGGUUAACGGAUGUUUUAAACUUUGAUCCAUUUUGCGAGUAUUUUGCAUCAGAAUUUUCUAAUUCAGCGUUUUGACUGCAAGCUACGAAAUACAAUAGACUGUAAUACAUACAACUCUUGACAUUUCCCAUUAAUUUUGAGGAAGCAAAAAAAUAGCGCCAUCUGGCGGUAUUAGUAGGAUAACCAGAGCAAUCUAACCUUACAUUUAUAAAAUUGCUUUAUUAUUGUUUUUGUAUAAGUGUUUGAACUAUUAUUUUAAUUUAAUUUAGGAAAAUUAGCUCUUUAUUCAAAAAUUUAUAAAAUUAAAUUUGAAUGUUUACGUCAAAUUUUACGUUGUCAAAACGUAGUUCAACUCAAGCCGACAGUGGCGCUAGUGGCAACGUGCUUCCAGAUUUCUGUGGGAGUUGGAUGUAUUACAGUCAAUAGUAUUUGAAUCUGCUGAAUCCUAGCUUUAUUAUGUCUGACAAAAAUUAGUAAGAUGACAGAUGUCAUUUGUCAAUUAUCUACUAUAUUUUCUUAGAUGUAUAGGCAAACGUGUUGUUUCUGUGAUUAUACAAUGUUUUUCGUGCUUGUAGGUCGUAGUCUUGCAUUAUUUGUUUCACUCCUAGCGUUAUAUUGGCUACUGCAUCAGGCAUUAUCAAAAGUUAUGCAGGAAUGAUUUGAGUUAACUUAGUAGACAACUCCACUAUUGCCGUAUCACCUUUGACAAUGUCUGAAGCAAUCACAGCCUAAUGAUUUAUUAGUUUUGAUUCUUCUUCUUAUGGUGCUGUCUCCUUUAGUGGAGCUUAGCGACUACACUGGCAAAUCUGUCUCUGUCCAAUGCGGCUCUAACCACAAAUGUUGAAUCAAUGCCGGUCCAGUCUGAUAUUUUUAAGCCAUGAAAUCUUGCGCCUACCGGAACCACGUUUUCCUUUAAUCUUCCCCUGGAUGAUCAGUUUAGCGAGGCGGUACUUUUGGUUUCUAACUUUGAUGAUCCUUAGCAGCUUCCUAUCUAUACCUAUUCUCUCAUUCUCCUCAGGACAUUUUUGUUGGUGGUCAAAGCCAGAGUUCAAACGCUUCUAUUUUGCUCAUCAGCGUUAUGUUGGGCGUCCAGGCCUCGGUUCCAUGCAAUAGUAUUGACCAUACAUAGCAAUGCAGAAAACGACAUCUGAGACUAAUACUGUAACAAAAUAAUCUUUUCAUUUUAAUAAAAAAUUUUUGUCCUGGUAAAAGGUAUAUUAGUUUAAAAAGCCCCUAUAGGGCUACAAAUAUAGAAACAAAACGUUUUCGCUCUGUAACAAGAGCAUCAUCAGUGUUACCAGAACAUGGUAAGCCACCCAAAAAUACAAACGUUGAAACCUUUUAAAAAUAGACUAAAAGUCUCAUAUAAAUAUAAACAUCUUAAAAUCCAAAGGAUGGAUAAAAUUCAUAUGGAUGUGGCUUUAGGGCAACAUAUGACUCCCACAGGUGGUAAAUGGGUUAAUGAAUUAGGUCAUUAGGGGUAAGUCAAGGGGUAAAUUUUUGUUCUUUAAUAUUUUUUUAUUACAUUCAGAAAUUAUAUGCUUAAAAUGUUGUUCUUUUUUCGUUUUAUAAGUUAGACUGGGAUAUUCUUAAUUUUAGUGCAUAAAAAGAAAUCCAAAUUUUCAUAAACCUUCAACAUAGUUGAAAUAUUAGUUUGAAAUUAUCACUAUUAUUUUCUUUUCUUUUCGUUUUAUCGACUGAAAUUUUUACUAAAAUCAAUGCGAAAAUGAGUCUUAUGGUGAAUAUGUGUUCCACAAAUUAGAUUUUCUAACUUAGUUCUAGCCUAGCUGUGCAGUGUGUAGAACUUUAUAGAAACAGAAUUUAUGGUAUGUUCUAUUACUUAUUGUCAAAUGUCGGCAAUGCUCAUAAAUAAACAAUUUCACAUCACUUUAAUCGCCUUAGGGGAGAAAUAAGAGACAUUUGACAAGAAUCUUUUAGAACCACCUUAGCCUGGUUGCUCAUUCAUUAUCAAGGCAUAUCACAGUAUUGUUUUACUUUGCAUCAUAUUUAAUCCAAUCCAUGUUAUCAGUUUAAACUUUUUUUUAUUUUACUUGUAAUUAUCUGUAGAUUUAAAUAAAAAAUUAUUUAAUUUUGAGACUUCCUACGAAACUACUGGUUUUUUAGUAAUAGAAGUAACAGCAGUAAUAGCACAUUGUUUUCGGAAUUUGUAGGCCGAGAUCUCAAAGUAUUUUUUCCUGAGGUUUCGUCUGCAACUGCAGCGAAUAUUAUCAUUAGCAACUCAGUAAAGCUCAGAACUGUAGUCCACUCGUUGGUAAUGUCCGUCGAAUAAAUAUUUGAUAGUCUUGGUGUGUUCCCGGGCUUUGCAUAUUGGUGCAAGUUGUUGAAUUUGACGCUGCGUAUGGAUAUGUUUCCUGAUUACUAGCGCGGGGAUCUACGUUAUAUUUGAAUGUGGACCUGUGUAGCGGUUACGCUACUAAUUAAAUUAAUUCCAUUAAUAAUACCCCUCAAGAAAUUCCUUGUGAUACGCCCGCGAUCGAUUCACAAACGAUAUUUCUCUACGCACGUGCGAAAACCUUGUUGUAUUGGAAACGAAAGUGAUUUCUCGAUUGGAUCUUUAGUUGGGUCAAACUCUUUAAAAAAAAUACGGCGUAUUUGCUUAGUUCCAAUCGAGAAAUUACUUUCGUUUCCAACCCAACAAGGUUUUUGCACGUGCGUAGAGAAAUAUCGUUUGUGAAUCGAUCGCGGGCGUAUCACAAGGAAUUUCUUGAGGGGUAUUAUUAAUGGAAUUAAUUUAAUUAGUAACGUAACCGCUACACCUUCUUCUUUGUAAACAAAGUUGAUCGGUUGUUUUUGGGUUACCACAACCUUUUUUAACAUCCAAGUAUAGCAUCUUUUACCAAGCAACAUGUAGAGCAUCGCUUAGAUGUUCUAAUUAAUGUACUAAACACUAGCUUAGCACAAUAUCAUACUAUACCCUGUUUUUAAACUAGGAGUAAUACAAAUUUGUAUGUGCCCUAAGCAUGCAGUCUUCUUACUUUUUAGGAAGCCGCCUUUAUUUAAUACUUCCUCAUUUUUUACUCUGUAAGUCCAUGAUUCUAACCAUUUGGCGCAGGCACAACAUUUCAAAGACUUCAAGUUUGUUAAUGGAGCUUGCCUUUAACGUCCUUUCCGUUCCAUUCCGUAUAAGAGAACAGGUUAAAGGUAACACUUUAGCAUCUUUUAUCUCAGGAUUAAAUCCAACUUGCGAUGAAUCAAAAAUUUACAAAACCACAAAAAAGCAUUUCUGGUUUGUUCUAUUCUGUUCUUUAUUUCAAUCUCAGGGUCCAAACCCUCGUUCAGCAGACAACCCAAGUAUUUAAAUUGUCUGACUCGAUUUCUUCUCCAGCGACAUAUUAAAUCUUUGCGUUUUGGUAUUUAUUUCUACGUAUAAUCAUUGUUUUUGUCUUCUUGAUAUUUAUUUUCAAACCCAGAGCUUUACCUGCAAGAGUUUUAGAUGGAACCUCAUUUAGACGAACACCUUCUUUAUUGGCGACAAUAUUGGCAAUAAUAACUUUGUUUACGACAGCUCUAAACAUAUUAACGGGGCUCUCUUGAUCCCACACUCGAAGAUUUCUGAGCCAGGAUGUUCUUCUUCGGCCUGGGCCACUUCUUCCGACGAUCUUGCCCUGUAUUAUGAUUAUGAGGUGUAGAAGGUUAUAGCUCUGUGGAUGUCUCAUUACAUGACUGAAAUAUUGUAACUUUCGAAUUUUUAAUCGUUUUUGUUAUUUCUGUGCUCUUUUUCAUUCGAUAUAAAACUAUUUCAGUUCUUAUUUGAUCAACCCGGCUUAUCCGCAAUACUCUUCGAUAGAUCCACAUCUCGAAGGCCUCCAAUUGGAACACCAAGAACCCCUGAUCAACUUUAAUUAUAAUGAAUAGACUCUGCAUGUAAGCAGAGUAUGGAUUUUAGCGCCACGAAAUACAAUAUCUAGCUGCGGAAGGCUCGAAACAGAAGUGGAAGAUCACGUGAAUAGAGCAAACAGAGCCGCAGGUUGCCUGAAUUACACAAUAUGGAGAAAUAAAAAUAUCGGAAAAGAAAUGAAAGGCAGAAUUUACAAAACAGUCGUCAGACCAAUAAUGACAUACGCGGCAGAAACACGACCCGACACAGAGAGGACAAAAAGAUUACUCGAAACAGCGGAGAGAGUCAUGUCUAUACAAAAAGAAGAAGAAGAAAAAGAAUACAAAACCUCUCCUCGGACGUACCGAAAAUUGUAUGACUUAUACAGCUAAACCGGCAGAACCUUGGAAUCACACGAAUUAGCGGCAAUUACGAGCAAUGCCUCAAUGCUUUUUAUAAUAUUUACACAAUUGCAGCCGAAAUUUUAGUAAGAAAUGAUUCCAGAUCACAGUCAGUAAGCCCCCAAUACAAUGUACCAUUUUACAAUACAACGGCCUCGAAAUUUGGCCAUACAAAUAUAAUUAAGUACCACGUUUAUCCAUAUUUGAUUAUUUAUAAUAAUUAAACUUAUCAAUUAAAUAAUAAUUAACAAACUAAGUUCUCAAUCCAGUAGUAAAGAAAACGACAAUAAAUAUGGUUCUCAUACCACUAGAUUGACAACAGAUGGAAACUCUCUGGUUACUACCCCCGCGACUUUCAAAAAUUAUAAGUCAUACGGGUGCCGAAACGAACAUUAAGAUGAGGGAAUUUUAAAUAAUUCACGUCCCAUCUGCUCAGAGUGGUAAAGUUCCAACGAGAAGGUUUCCUAAGUGCUCCACAAAAGAGUAAAUGUAUUAAAAAUGUAUAAAUAUUUUCAAUUUCUUUGCAACUUGAAAAUGCAGCAGUAUUAUACUCUAGUUAAAUCGGAGAGUGCAGGAAGAGUCUACACCGGUUUCGGGGAUUUUUUUCCAUCAGUUGUCCCAUAUCCUCUUCAACUGGAACUUUACCACGCUGAGCAGAUGGGACGUGAAUUAUUUAAAAUUCCCUCAUCUUAAUGUUCGUUUCGGCACCCGUAUGACUUAUAAGUUUUGAAAGUCGCGGAGGUAGUAACCAGAGAGUUUCCAUCUGUUGUCAAUCUAGUGGUAUGAGAACUAUAUUUAUUGCCGUUUUCUUUACUACUGGAUUGAGAACUUAGUUUGUUUCUUAGCAGAUGUCGUUACAAUAUCCGUGACAUUUCUUUCUUUGCAAUCUGGGAAGGCAAAGAUCGAGGUACCUGGUUGAAUUGGAGAGAUGAGGGGAAAAAUCCCCGAAACCGGUAUAGACUCUUCCUGCACUCUCCGAUUUAACUAGAGUAUAAUGCAGCUGCAUUUUCAGGUUGCAAAGAAAUUGAAAAUAUUUAUACAUUUUUAAUUAAAUAAUUUUUCAGCUUUUUUUAAAUGCUUUUUUAUGGAUUGGAUUAUUAUUUUUCAUCAUGUUUGAAUUCUAGUCGUAUAGUAUCCCUCAAUCAGUAUCUAUUAUUUACUGUUAGGAAAUCUUCCCAUCUAGAAAUAUACAGACAAGGGAUGCGAUGCUAAAUAUAUUGAAAUUUAUUUUUAUUUUUAAAGUAUUAGACGGGGAUGAUCGCCACUAAGAGAAAUUUGUAACUUUUUAGUAUAAUAAUGUAUGUUAUUUUAAAAAUGGGAUUUUUAAGUAAAUGGUGUGAUAUAUUGGUAGGUUUUAGUAUUGGAUUUAAUUAAGCUGUUAUAAUUUAUAAAGUAGAGUGCCUUCUCCUCAAUGGAGGUUGGCUACUACAUUGCAAACUCUUCUCUGUCUUCAGCUGUUCAAAAUUUAGCCCUGUCCAUUGUCAUGUUUCUAAGCCACAAUAGUUUUUCCUUCGUAGUUCUCUCUUUUCCUCGAUCCUUCCUUUCGCUAUUAGUUGAGCAUAUUGGUACUUAUGAUUUCUCAGUGGUAGAUCCUGGAUGUAGAUUCUGUAGAUCUGGGGUAGAUCCACAUUUCAAAGGCCACCAAUUUAUUUACGGUUGAUGCUUUUAAGUGUCCACGGUCUCAACUGCGUAGAGAAGAGUUGACCAGAAGUAGCAUUUUGAUAAACGUUGUCUAGUUUCGAGUUUUAUGAGAUAAUCACAUAGCAGUCUUUUGAUUUUUUCGAAAGAUUUUCUGGCCUGUUUUAAUCUCGAUCUUAUUUCUGGAUCAGGAUUUUUACUGCUAUCGAUCGAACAUCCCAGGCACUUAAAUCUAUUGACCUGUUCUAAAAUGUGCCCGUUUAGUGUGCAAGGUCGAGUACAUUUUGGUUUGUUCUGAUUGACAUCACUUUGGUUUUCUUAAUGUUUAUUUUCAUACCAAAUUGCUCACAGACCGAGUUAGUCCUGUCUAUGAGUCGUUGUAGACCCAAGUCUGAAUCCGCAAUCAACACCGUAUCAUCGGUGUAUCUGAUGCUGUUGAUAUUUACGCCAUUCACCUUGACUCCAUCCUUCGAAUCCUCCAGUGCCUCUUUAAAUAGAAACUUGGAGUAAAUAUUAAAUAGCAGGGGUAACAGAACACAUCCUUGUCUAACUUCCCUCCUAAUUUCUACUUCUGCGGACGUGGAACCUUCGUAACUCUGGCGUGUUGAUUGCAGUACAAUUUUUUUUUAGUAGUUUGAUAUCUUUCCUAUCUAAAGCGACUAUCUAAAUGCCAGUUACUGACGUUUUUGUUUCGAAAACAACUUUGUGGUUUUCUGCAAUCUCAGCUGUUAUAUUGGAAAAACGUACAACCCAACCUAACGUAAUCUACCUCUCUAUGUUGUCAAGUUGAAUAACUACUGAUUCAUUCAUAUAUUUUACACAUUUAACAAUUCUUCCUUUUUGAUUUUACGCAAUUUGUCUGUUUUAUCUUCACCCACUGUAAGAUCCUCUGAUGCCCUACUGGUGAUUUAUUUCAAGCAAUUCUCUACCAUUGUUCCUUUUUCCAUUUUGUCAGUGUGUUCGUUCUACUCUGUUUUUUUUAACACCUAGUUAUUAAAAUUUCCUUUGCAUAUCCACAAUUCUGUAUUCGACAAAUAAAUUGGAAUACAUUAUUUGGGGCAAAAAUUGUAUCUCCCAAAUAUAGGAAACUACUCGAUUAAGUUUCAGUGCUUAUACCUAUUGUAGAUAUUCUCAGUGUUUAGAAGAUCAUCAUCAUCAUUCAACCCGGAUCUAUCCACUGGUGGAUAUAGGUCUCUCUCAGUCUUUUUUAUGUAUUCUUGUUUUUCUUGCAUCCAAUAUUUUUUUAUCCGUUUUGUCAUCAGACCAUCUUGUUGGCUGAUGACCUCUACUCCUAUAUGCUAUUUGUCUUGGUCUCCAUUGUAUUAUUCGCUGUGUCCAUCUGUUAUCCGACAUUCUAGCUAUGUGGCCCGCCCAGUUCCACUUAAGGGUCUGUAUAUAAUUCUUUCUAUGGCAUCUGUCACUCCUAUUAUUCGUUUUAUUUCCUUGUUAGCAAUCUGAUCAUUGUUUUUAUUUCUUAUUUUCUUGGUUACUGCUAAAGUUUCUGCACCGUAUGUAAGUACUGACAACACUCACUGAUCACAGACUUUUUUGAGACACAUACGCAGUUCUGACUUAGGACAAAGCUCAGCUUUCCGAUUGCCACCCAAGUGAGUCCUAUACGGCGGCUUAGUUCGCACGUUUGAUUAUCUCUUCCUAUGUGUAUCUCAUGCCCUAAGUACUUAUAAGAGGUGGUCUCUUCAAUAUGUAUGCCAUUUACUGAAAUCUUUUCGCUUAACACAAUAUUUGUCAUGAUUUGUGUAGUUUAUUUUUAAUCCAACUUGUAGGGAGGCUAGGUAUAGUUUCUCUAGUUGCGAUACUGCAUCAUCGAUGCUGUCAGCAAAAAGAACAAUAUCGUCAGUGAACCUCAAAUGACUAAGUAUUUCUCCGUUGACAUUAAUUCCUUUUUCACUCAGAUUUGGCGAUUGUAAAUGAUUUGACGAAUGUUGUAAAUGAUUUUGGCGAAAUUGUGUCUCCCUGUCGCACUCCCCGUUUUAUGUGUUGGUCUUUUUAUCUGCCAAUUUCACGCUGACUGUCGCAUUUUGAUAGAUGUAUUUAACCAUGUUUUUAUAGCGAUGAUCUAUACGACACUCUAUUAAGGCUUUUAAUAUUUUCUGAUGACUUAUUGUGUCGAAAGCUUUUUCGUAGUCAACAAAUAUCAGGACUAAUGACUUGUUACAUUAAGUUCUUAAUUACUUGUAAAUGAUCAUUCGUGCCAUAUGCAGCUCUAAAACCUGCUUGCUCUCUUGGCUGAUAGAAAUCCAACUUACUUCCUAACCUGUUGGUAAUAACUCUUGUGAAUAGCUUAUGUAUUUGUGACAACAAGCUAAUGGGGCGAUAGUUUCUAAGGUCGCUGAUAUCUCUCUUCUUAUGAAGUAAGAUGAUUUCCGCGUUAUUCCACUGCGUCGGUGUUAUCGCUUCGCACAGACAUUUAUUGAACAAUUUAGCAAGUACCAAUAAAAGUUUAUUUCCUCCUAGUUUUAGGCUUUCAGUCAUUUGUUUGUCUAUGAAGAACAUAUUCUUAUAUGAAAAACAAUAAAUUCCCAGGUGAAGACAAAAAAAUAAUGUUCAGAAGAUAUAGAAGUCAAAAUGUAUGUAGUGACUACUUUUCGUAGUGAAGUCUUUAAAAACUUUAUUGGACUCCAAUACUAAAAACAACCAUAUAUUUAUAUUAAAAAUGUAAUUGGAAAUUAUUUUUUUUAUUGUGUUGGACUUCCCCAAUAUUAACAAUUGGUAAAAGUAUUUUUUAAAAAGAUAACGUUGUUGUUAAGUUUGUUAAAAUGAGAUGUUGGUUGAUUGAGUUUAUUAUAGUAGUGAGUAUGGAUUAUAUUCUAUUUAAAAUGCGUUAUCUUUAAAAGUGAGUACAAAAAUAUACAUAUUUGAACAAAAAUAUUGUGUCAAUAAAUAUGUUUUACCAGCUAUGGCAUUAUCGAUAUAUUAUGGCACUCAUUUUAUAAUGAUUUUAUUGGCAAUACUAUUGAGAAUCUUUCAUGAAUGUAAUAUCUAUUAGAUUGAACUGAAAGAUUCGUUUACAGGUUACUUUCAUUAUGGAUUAAAGGAAAUAUUUGACAAAUGUUUAGCGAAGCUCGUCCAUCAAUUCAUGGCGCUAUGACUCUAUAGUAGAGGUCGUCAUCUUCAUCCUCUUACAUCUAAUUUAACACGUUAUUUAGCCACCUAUUUCUUAUUGUAGAUGCUUGUUUUCUGUAAUAUUUGAUACACUCAUUUUGCGUGUUUUUUUAUCGUGAUCGCAAAUGUCCCAACCGUCUUAUUCUAAAUCUGCUACAGGACUUGACUCUCCACAGAACUUACCGGUCACAUACAGCAUCUUAAUUUUGGUGGAAAAUUUGCGUCUCCGAUUUAGCUUUGCUUCAUGUUGUUUCGUGAAGACUUAUGUCUCAUUUAUAAAUAAUACUGACAUUAGUAUUGUGCGGAACCUUAUCUUGUUUAUAUUAAACAGUAUAACAUCAAUAUGUACGCGUCCACUGCUGGACAUAGGUCUGCCUCAAGUCUUUCCAUCUUUUUUGUUUUGUGCGGCUUCCAGUUACUGCUAGCACGCUUCAGGUCGUCAGUCCUUCUGGUUGCUGUAAGCAUUUUCUGCUGGCCAUAGUAUCGCAUGUUUUCUCUUAGUCCACAAAUAUAAGUGCCAAUGGUUUGUUGUAGUCUGCAGACUUUUUUAUCCGGUUCUUUAUCACUAGUAAAUGGUCGUUAGUGCUGUAUCCAGAUUUAAAUCCAGCUUGUUCUUUGGCUGAUAGAAGUCUAACUUAUCGUCCAGUUUGUUUUAUAAUGUUUGUGAAUAGUUUAUACAUUUGUGGCAGCAAACCAAUAAGAUGGUAGUUUUUAAGUUCUGUUAUGUCUCUUUUCUUGUGUAACAAAACAGUGACUGCAUGGUUCCAUUGAGAAGGAAUUUUUCCUUGGUAGAUGCAUUCGGUGACGAGUUUGGCUAAAGCGGGAUGAUUUUAUUUCUACCUAAUUUGAUCCUCGAUCAAAGUUCAGCCAAAGCCUGGAUUCAAAGUUCCAACUCAAUCCAUUGCAUCUCUGCCAUUUGAGUUCUUCCUGGUUCAGUACACCAAGUAGAACUGAUUCAUGAUUCUCCUUGCUCGUCUUAAAUACACUCUUAGUAGCCAUCUCUUCUUUGGUUUCGCCUAUUGGUGGUACGUAGGGGGACUGCGCCACUAUGGACACUCGUUCGAUCGUCUGCGGUUGAUCUGCCGAACGCCGGCUGCAGGCAUCAUAUCGUUGCAGUGUAAAUCGGGCUUUACGUUAAUUAAAAGAAUGUGAUAGAAAGAGUGAAGCUUUGCAUUGUUAUCAAAUAUAAUUAUGCAUAGUAAUAAAGUGCAUGUAUUGUAUUUAGCUUUUUUUACAUUGUUUUACGAUUACAAAAAAGUAUUGCAUCACAAUUGAUGUCGUAGCCACCAAAACAAUUGUUUAUAUUUUUGAAAGUAGGGUAAUAUUUGAAAUGUCCUAGUUUCUAUAUAUGUUUGUUUAUAUUUUACCGAAUUUGGCUUUUUUACUUUAGUAUUACCUAUUUUCUUGCUGAAUAACUGGUAUUGAUCUAAUAUCUAGAUGUUAUAAAAUGAGUGCAAAAGCUAACAGGCUAAAUCAAAAUUUGCGCAAGUUCCUUUGUGUUUUAGAACAGUGUUUAGAAUGUGAUGUUUAUUAUUGUAAUAAGUGUUCUAAAGGAAUAUGUUUUAAGAAUUUUAUGAAAAUUCUGAUACAGGUUUGAAAAAAUUAUUAGAAUAUCGAUUAAAGACUGUAUACACAUGUAAUAAAAACUAAAAAGUUCCCUCAAUUUCAUGUUGAUCAUUGACGCUUUUAUGUGAUUUAAUUUAUUAAUACCCUUUCAGCGCCGGUGAAAUAUUUCCUGCCUUAUCGCCUGUGCCGGAAGAAAUAAUUUCCUUUGAAUACUUACGUGCCGUGGACGCGGUUGCGCGUCCACGGCACUGCUCAAUAGUCAUCUUUGGACUCGCGUACGCGUCACCAUAGCUGAAAGGAUUAAAAGGACACCGCAUACAUCUUACGGAAAAUGUAAUGUCACUCAAAUUCAAUAAAAUUUACAUGAAUAGAUUCGUCUAGAAAUUACAAUCAUUUCAUAUCAUUGCGCCAACUCUGAAUUUUGAUUAUAUACGGCGUAAAUUGAUAUAAAUAAAUCUAAAAUCAAAUAUGGGUAUGUACGUAAGUUAAAGUGAGAAAAGAGAUUUUGAGAAUCGGCCCUUCAUAAAUAUUUCUGCAGGUAUUAAAUCUUAUAAAUAAUAAAUGACAAUGCAGUAUUAAUGAAUAGGACAGUUUUAUGAACUUCAAAAAUGUGAUUUCCAUAAACUUUAACUACAAUUUACGUCGUUAUUAUUCAAAAUUCAGAGUCGGCACAAUGAUAUGAAAUGAUUCUAAUUUCGAGACGAAUAUAUUCAUGUAAAUUUUAUUGUAUUUGAAUGACAUUGCAUUUUCCAUAAGAUGUAUGCAGUGUCCUUUGUCGUGUUUGGUAAGUCCAAUUAGUUUAUUUUGAGAUUUAAAAGGAAAAUAGCGCAGACUUUAGUCAUUUUUAGGUAUACUAAAUUUACAAUCAAGAUGCAGUAGAAAUAAAUACACCAAGACACGUUAAAUGCUACUAGGAGCACUCUCGAACCAUAAUUUACAAUGUAUAUACGUUGUAAAUCCCAAAUCAUGAUUUCCAAAGUUUAUACAUUGUAAAUUAUGAUUCGGGAGUGCUCCUAGUAGCAUUUAACGUGUCUUGGUUUGUUUAUUUCUACUGCAUCUUGAUUGUAAAUUUAGUAUAAAUGUAGUUUCGAUGUACUUUUUCUCGGUGCCGCCCAAAAUCCCGACAGCCAAAAUCCCGACGGCCAAAACACCGACACGCCGGAAUCCCGACACGCCAGAAUCCCGACAGGCCAAAAUCCCGACAUGCAACAAUCUUCGCAUAAGUAAAAAUUCCGACUUUUGUUUAGUAACAAAAAAUAAAAAGAAGAUGGCCAUCAACAAAAAACAAGAAGUAAAUGUAAUUAUAUGUUAAAAAAAACUUAUCAAACCUGUCGGGAUUCUGGCCUGUCGGGAUUCUGGCGUGUCGGGAUUUUGGCCGUCGGGAUUGUGGCUGUCGGGAUUUUGGGGUAGACCCACUUUUUCUAUAUAUUCGGUCUUUUGCUUAUAGAAUUUUUGUAUUCCUUUAAAUGUGUUUUCUUUAAGUAUUCCUAGAAAUGGUUUUAGGAUUGUUAUAGUAUGUUUAUUUUCUAAUAGUGAAUAUUUUAUAUUUUUAUUUGGUAUUUUUUCCGCUCAUACUUUCUAGCCCCACUUUAUUUAAUAUUCGAUUAGAUAUCGUAGGUGACCUACGAUAUCUAUCUACGCCUACGGUAGGUAUCGUAUAUUACGUAUUCCAUUCGCUUAGAUCACCCUAUCCAGCGGGUGCUUUUAUUACUUAAGUUGGGGGACGAUCACUCCCCACCCCGGGGUGAACCCCCCCUCCCCGACAAAAAAGGAAUCAUCUUUAAACAUAACAAGGACUUUUUCAGAUGAGUAUUUUACAUACCAAACAAAAAUCUGGCAAGAUUUAAACUUCUAUACAGAAAUAUAUUGAUCUAUAGUCUUGAUAACAACAAUAACUAUCUUCUCUUUUACUCUUUCAUAUUAGAAUAUUACUGCGUACUUAGGUUUUUCUGUUCUUGCGUUGUUAUGUCUUUCCACACACACAGGCUCAAUUACACUUGCGCAAGUGUGACAUGCACAAGUAAAAAUUCCAAAAUUGUCACUUGUACAGUCAACAUACUUGUGCAAGUAUUGCCCAACACACGUUCCAGUAUACUUGUGCAUGUAUAAUGUUCAAGUAUACAUGAAUGUCUACGGGGGCCUUUAAGUUGGGUGAUAGUCACUCUCCAGUAAUUAAUUCAGCUCCUAUGUAAAGAACACAGCCCCGAUGAAAAAGGAAUCAUCUUUAAUAAUAAGAACAAAGACUUUUUCAGAUCUAUUUUACUAAAAAAAUCUUCACAGAAAUUUAUUGAUCGAAAGUCUUUUUAACAACAAUAACUAUCUUCUUUUGAUUGUUUCAUAGAAUAUUACUGCGUACUUUAUUUUUUUUCUGUUCUUGCGUUGUUAUCUUCUUUUUGUCUAUUCUUUAUCUGUCAAACACACUGAGCAGGUUUUGAAAAUCAGAUCCUUUGAUUAGUCUGAUUUCCUUUCUUUGAUUUCUCGUAACAGUCUUUUAUGCUGAAUAGGGAUAUUACACUCUACUGCACCCAGUAUAACCGUAUCAAAAAAACUUUGGUGUAUUAAUUUUAUAAAUCUGAAUAAAAUAUGUUUUUCUUGUUAUUGCAAAAUCAUUUACCAAGUAAAAGUUUGUGCUUUAAUCUGAAGAUAUAACCAAAAAGUAUAAUAAAAUGUUUUAUUACAUGUGUAUUGAAGAUAUUUCUAUAUACCGGGUGUCCACUUAUGUUUUCGCCCAUUUUAACUGCUUAUAACUUCUAAACGUCUCAAGAUAGAAAUAUGAGGUUUUCGCUGAAACGUUUUAUUUUAGUAAAAGUUUUGUUUGAAUGGAUUGAUUUUUUAUAUCGCUUUCAAUUACGAAAAAAAUGGCGGAUGUUUGAAUAAAACGUUGUUGACUUUUUUAAUGGAACAGCCAGUAUAUUUUUUUGUAAAUUGAAAGACCAGUCAUUCACCUAUCCAGCGAUAUAAAGUUUUUUAAAUUCGGUUGUCAAAUGACUGAGUAUUUACUUAAUUGUUAAAAUGAGAGAUGCAACGUGCAAAUCACAUAACAGAAUAUCUAUUUAUUUUUAAUAAAAAACAAUACAAAAACAAUACAAUACUUGCGAGCCUCAGGUCAUUAAAUGUUCUAUGUGCCGUCCUUCUUGAUGAAUACAGUUGUGCCAACGUAGAUAUAAAUUUCUAAAGGCCAAGCAUAUCUUCGGUAAUGCUGUUAAAUGCCGAAAGUUAUUCCUCAAUUCUUCCAAAUUUUAUGGUAUAGGAUUUUAAGCUAGAGAUCUUACAGAUGGCCAUACAAAAAAAAUCGGGAACUGUUAAAUCAGGUGAAUUACAAGCCCAUUCUAUUGGACGAUUAGACCACUUCUACCAAUCCAGUUGCCGCCAAUUUGAUUGGAAACGGAGUCUCUAGCAACUAAGGAAAAAUGACAGGGUGUCCCAUCUUGUUGGAAUUAGGUUUCAUUUCUCUUGCCAUUUACUUGUACGUCCUCAUCUAACAAAAUGAUAUUGCGCAAAAAUUGAUAUUCUGUUAUGAGAUUUCCACAUUGCAUCUCUCAUUUUAAAAAUUAAUUACUCAGUCAUUUGACAACCGAUUUAAAAAAAAACUUUAUAUCGCUUGAUAGGUAAAUGACCGUUCUUUCAAUUUACAUAAAAAAUAUACUGGGUGUUUCAUUAAAAAAAAGUCAACAAUGUUUUUUUCAAAAAUUCGCCAUUUUUAACGUAAUUCAAAGCGUUAUAAAAAAUUCAAUCCGUUCAAACAAAUCUUUUACCAAAAUAAAAUAUUUCAGCGAAAACCGCAUAUUUCUAUCUUGAGCCGUUUAGAAGUUAUAGUCAGUUAAAAUGGGGGAAAUUAUAAGAGGACACCCGGUACUAUUUUCAAAUCUCUAUGCCAUUAAUAUUUCACGCGUAGCAAUGCCUGUAAACGUAUCUACAAGCUUGUUAUUAUCUACGUAUUAUAAACAUUUAUAUAGUAUAUAUAUCAGCAUUAAGAUUAGUCUGUCUUGAAUGAUAUUUAUUUGGAUGACUAGGGAGCACUUUGCCGUCAAAAAGAUAUUAAACUAUUGGAAAUCCAUUCAAAUAAUAUUUCCUCUAAAUUACACAAAGUAUAAAGAAAAAAUUGCAGCUAUAUGCGUAUUUCAUAAAUGUGUUCCUUGGUCAAACGCCUCUUUGAUGUUUGAAAAUUUUAUUUUUGUUAUACGCUCAAUGACAAAAACCCCAUCUAAUGUCGUUACUUUUUCUGAGUUUUAAUACCAUGAUUCCCUGAAAACAAGUCUAUGAUUCCUUUCCUCUGUAAAUCUAUCUUUGAGUAAUAUUACAGUGGUAAUAAUGCUUUGUGCCAAAUGUUAUUUUUCCUUUAAGCAUUUAGUGUAAAAACUGAUUUGAUCAGGCCGAUAAUGAGUAUUCAGAGCCAUAUUGAAUGGCAUAUAACGACUAAAUGGUUACAUUACUAAUAUAUCAGCAUUUGACGUAUUGCUAUCAUCUGUCACAUGUCAUUCAGUGAAGCUUGUGACGUUUAUCAAGAUUUUAUAACUACAAGCUGUAUGCCGAAGACGUUACAUGUCACCUGCUAUACCUUUGACAUUACAUUAUACCUGGCACGCCUGACAUUGAUACCAUUUUACAAAUAAAUACAUAUGUUGAUGCUUUAAGGAAAAAUAAAAUUUUGAAAAUAGAAAUACCACAGUAGGAUUAUGUUAUAGGAUCAAUAAAAACCACUUAUCUUAACCGUUUACCUAAAUGGGUAUCUUAGAAAACAGUUUGUAUUAAACCUAAAGAAAAUUAUGAUGGAGUUCUUCUUUGUCGGUGAGUUUAGUAAUAUUGUUUUGUUAAUAGCAGCUGAUCAUAAAUUUUGAACCAUAUAUUUCAAAUAUAGUUGUAUUAUUUCGUUGUAUAUGUUGUAUUUUUUUAAUAUAUUGCUUUAACAAAUAUAUAUAGCAAUCAUUAAAUGUAGUAAGUCAUGCUUUUGUAUAUGGUAGUAUUAAAUAGAUAGAAAUGCUAUACAGAGUGCAUUGUGAUAUUUGUUAGCUGACUCCAUUAGCAUUUAAUUUUUUGACAUAUCAGGUUAGCCAACCAUUAAAAGUAAAAUCAUUAUUUGUUUAUGAUCAGUUUGUUUAGUACUAAAGAAUAUUACUGAUGUAAGCAAUAACUCAUGUGAUAGUUCGACCGAGAUUUAAAAAGUAGCGGGCUUGCUUCGGAAUUUUCCUAACAGCCCUUUCUAAUCUUGGACGGAAAAGAGUUAGAAAAAAGUGAUGUUUUUUUUAUUUUUAAGCUUUUUUCAUCAAAUUCGAACAUUCUGACUGUUUUACUUGUAGUUACCGGUCUUGUCCUUUGUACUGAUGUAUCUAAUGUAUUAUUAUUCAUGUUAGUGUUUAUCCAAUCUCAUAAAUGUCUUGAUAUUA